AUGAAACUAUUUCUGAGCGCCACCUUGGCCAUUAUGCUGGGCAGCAUAUUGGGCCAAACGCAGUUGAUUCAGACAUCUCUGGGAGCCAUACCAGCAUCAGGACAAAUCACCUUAAAUGGCGGCAGCUAUCCCCUAAAUGGUAUUGACAGCUCAUCGGCAUUGCAGAGUCUAAUGAAUACAGUGAACCAAGGGGGAUCGGGCAGUGUUAGUGUGAACAUCAAUCAGCAACCAGCAAAUGUGGUAUCACAUAGCAUUGUGGGUGGUACAGGCACUAUAUCGAUACCAUCGAAUAUUUUCGGAGGCACAGUUGGUGGCAGUAUCAGCGGUUCAAACAUCAUAAGUGGCAGCGGCAGUAUUAGUGGGUCCGCCACUAUUCCCAUCAGCACGGGCAGUAGUCAAGUGUUUACUGGGUCCACCACAAUACCCAUCAGCACGGGCAGCAGUCAAGUAAUUAGUGGUUCUGCUACAGUGCCCAUCUCCACGGGAUCCUCUACCACAACCACCAGUUCAGGUAGCAAGAAAUGGUCCAUAACCAUUAAUAACAGUGCCGUUGCUAAUAAAAAGCCCACUGUCACUAGUACAACUACUACCAGUAGCACUUCUACCAGCAGCAUACCAACACCAACAACUACUACUACUACUACAACCGGAGGAACUGGUAGCAUUGCCCUAAAUGGCAUGAAUAUAAUCACUGGAACCUCUACUCUACCCAAGCAUAUACUCGAUCUUUUGAAUUCAGUCAGCUCUAACAGUGCUCCAGCUGUUGUUAUAAACACCACUCCACCCAAGGAACAACACAUUUCAAUUGGCCCAACGACAGGAGGAUCAGUUGUCAUUAAUCCUUUUCUGCCCCAGGAACAACAGAUUUCGGGAGGAACUUCCGGAACCAUUGUCUUAAAUGGUGGGCCAUCUCAGGAACACCAGAUAACGGGUGGCACUACGGGCACAAUUGUCUUAAAUGGUGGGCCAUCUCAGGAACACCAGAUAACGGGAGGCACUACGGGCACAAUUGUCUUGAAUGGUGGUGGCAGCACUACUAUGAAUACUCAAGAUAUUGGAACCGGCAGUGUGAUUAUAAAUGGACAAACAGGCAGCGGUGGCAGCACCAACAUAGGCGAUAUCAUCAAUGGCAUAGGCAACAUUGACCUAGGAGGUCCAACUGGUGGCAAUGUCAACAUUGAAGGUAAUGGCCAAUGGACAAUUGGUGGUGGCGGUACAAACGAAGUGGAACAUAACAUUAAUCUGAAUGGAAAUGGAGUAUGGAACAUGGGUAGCAUUGGUACCAAUGGCAACAAUGGUAUCAAUUUGCAAGAAACUGAGCAUAAUGUCAAUGUUGGAGGAAAUGGAGAAUGGACUAUUGGUAACAAUGGUAACCCUGUUGAAGAAAUUGUAAAUAAUGGCAACGGUGGAUGGAGUAUUGGUAACAAUGGAAACCCUAUUGAAGAAAUUGAACACAAUGGAAAUGGUGAAUGGACCAUUGGCAAUAAUGGUAAUCCAGUUGAAGUUAUCGAAAAUAACGGCAAUAGUGGAUGGACCAUUGGCAACAAUGGCAACCCCAUUGAAGAAAUCGAACACAAUGGCAAUGGUGAAUGGACCAUCGGCAACAAUGGAAAUCCUGUGGAAGAAAUCGAACACAAUGGUAAUGGUGAAUGGACCAUCGGCAACAAUGGAAACCCUGUAGAAGAAAUCGAACACAACGGCAAUGGUGGAUGGUCUAUUGGCAACAAUGGUAACCCUGUUGAAGUUAUCGAAAAUAACGGCAAUGGUGGAUGGACUAUUGGCAACAAUGGUAAUCCUCUUGAAGAAAUCGAACACAAUGGUAAUGGCGGAUGGACUAUUGGCAACAAUGGCAACCCUCUUGAAGAAAUUGAACACAAUGGUAAUGGCGGAUGGACUAUUGGCAACAAUGGUAAUCCUCUUGAAGAAAUCGAACACAAUGGUAAUGGCGAAUGGACUAUUGGCAACAAUGGUAGCCCUGUUGAAGAAAUUGUAAAUAAUGGCAAUGGUGGAUGGACCAUUGGCAACAAUGGUAACCCUCUUGAAGAAAUUGAACACAACGGCAAUAGUGAAUGGACCAUCGGCAACAAUGGAAACCCUGUGGAGGAAAUCGAACACAAUAGUAAUGGUGGAUGGACCAUCGGCAACAAUGGCAACCCAGUUGAAGAAAUCGAACACAACGGCAAUAGUGAAUGGACCAUCGGCAACAAUGCUAACCCUGUUGAAGUUAUCGAAAAUAAUGGCAAUGGUGGAUGGACCAUUGGCAACAAUGGUAAUCCUCUUGUAGAAAUCGAACACAAUGGCAAUGGCGAAUGGACCAUCGGCAACAAUGGUAACCCUGUCGAAGUUAUCGAAAAUAACGGCAAUGGUGGAUGGACUAUUGGCAACAAUGGUAAUCCUCUUGAAGAAAUCGAACACAAUGGUAAUGGCGAAUGGACAAUCGGCAACAAUGGCAACCCUCUUGAAGAAAUCGAACACAAUGGUAAUGGUGGAUGGACCAUCGGAAACAAUGGCAAACCCAUUGAAGAAAUCGAACACAAUGGUAAUGGUGCAUGGACUAUUGGCAACAAUGGUAACCCUGUUGAAGAAAUUGUAAAUAAUGGCAAUGGUGGAUGGACCAUUGGCAACAAUGGUAAUCCUCUUGAAGAAAUCGAACACAAUGGUAAUGGCGAAUGGACAAUCGGCAACAAUGGCAACCCCAUUGAAGAAAUCGAACACAAUGGUAAUGGUGCAUGGACUAUUGGCAACAAUGGUAACCCUGUUGAAGUCAUCGAAAAUAACGGCAACGGUGGAUGGACCAUUGGCAACAAUGGUAAUCCUCUUGAAGAAAUCGAACACAAUGGUAAUGGCGAAUGGACAAUCGGCAACAAUGGCAACCCCAUUGAAGAAAUCGAACACAAUGGUAAUGGUGCAUGGACUAUUGGCAACAAUGGUAACCCUGUUGAAGAAAUUGUAAAUAAUGGCAAUGGUGGAUGGACCAUUGGCAACAAUGGUAAUUCUCUUGAAGAAAUUGAACACAAUGGUAAUGGUGGAUGGACGAUUGAAAACAAUGGUAAUCCUCUUGAAGAAAUCGAGCACAAUGGCAAUGGUGGAUGGACCAUUGGCAACAAUUUUAAUCCUCUUGAAGAAAUCGAACACAAUGGCAAUGGAGGAUGGACCAUUGGCAACAACGGAAACCCUCUAGAAGAAAUCGAACACAACGGCAAUGGAGGAUGGGCAAUUGGAAACAAUGGAAACCCUCAUGAAGAAAUCGAACAUAAUGGCAAUGGCGAAUGGACUAUUGGAAACAAUGGUAGCCCUGUUGAAGUAAUCGAAAAUAACGGCAAUGGUGGAUGGACCAUUGGCAACAAUGGCAAUCCACUUGAAGAAAUUGAACACAAUGGCAAUGGCGAAUGGACCAUGGGCAACCAUGGUAAUCAUGUCGAAGUUAUCGAGAAUAACGGCAACAGUGGAUGGACCAUUGGCAGUAAUGGUAACCCUGUCGAAGUAACAGAAAAUAACGGCAAUGGUGGUUGGACCAUUGGCAACAAUGGGAACCCUGUUGAAGAAAUCGAACACAAUGGAAAUGGUGGAUGGACCAUUGGCAACAACGGCAACCCUGUUGAAGUCAUCGAAAAUAAUGGCAAUGGAGGAUGGACGAUUGGAAACAAUGGUAACCCUAUUGAAGAAAUCGAACACAAUGGAAAUGGUGGAUGGACCAUUGGCAACAACGGCAACCCUGUUGAAGUUAUCGAAAAUAACGGCAAUGGUGGAUGGACCAUUGGCAACAAUGGUAAUCCUCUUGAAGAAAUCGAACACAAUGGCAAUGGCGAAUGGACCACCGGCAACAAUGGUAACCCUGUUGAAGUAAUCGAAAAUAACGGCAAUGGUGAAUGGACCAUUGGCAACAAUGGAAAUCCUCUUGAAGAAAUCGAACACAAUGGCAAUGGCGAAUGGACAAUCGGCAACAAUGGCAACCCUCUUGAAGAAAUCGAACAUAAUGGUAAUGGUGGAUGGACUAUUGGAAACAAUGGAAACCCUAUUGAAGAAAUCGAACACAAUAGUAAUGGUGGAUGGACCAUUGGCAACAACGGCAACCCUGUUGAAGUCAUCGAAGAUAAUGGCAAUGGUGGAUGGACGAUUGGAAACAAUGGCAAUCCUCUUGAAGAAAUCGAACAUAAUGGUAAUAGCGAAUGGACUAUUGGCAACAAUGGUAACCCUGUUGAAGAAAUUGUAAAUAAUGGCAACGGUGGAUGGACUAUUGGUAACAAUGGAAACCCUAUUGAAGAAAUAGAACACAAUGGAAAUGGUGGAUGGACUAUUGGUAACAAUGGAAACCCUAUUGAAGAAAUCGAACACAAUGGAAAUGGUGAAUGGACCAUUGGCAACAACGGCAACCCCCUAGAAGAAAUCGAACACAACGGCAAUGGUGGAUGGACCAUUGGCAACAAUGGGAACCCUCUUGGAGAAAUCGAACACAACGGCAAUGGCGAAUGGACUAUUGGCAACAAUGGUAAUCCUGUUGAAAUAAUCGAAAAUAACAGCAACGGUGGAUGGACUAUUGGAAACAAUGGAAACCCUGUUGAAGAAAUUGAACACAAUGGUAAUGGAGGAUGGACCACUGGCAACAACGGCAACCCUCUUGAAGAAAUCGAACACAACAGCAAUGGUGGAUGGACCCUUAACAACAAUGGCAACCCUAUUGAAGAAUUCGAACAUAACGGCAAUGGGGGUUGGAACAUUGGUAACAAUGGUAACCCUGUCGAAGUUAUCGAAAAUAAUGGCAACGGUGGAUGGACCAUUGGCAACAAUGGCAACACUCUUGAAGAAAUCGAACACAAUGGUAACGGCGAAUGGACCAUGGGCAGCAAUGGUAAUCCCGUCGAAGUUAUCGAAAAUAACGGCAACAGUGGAUGGACCAUUGGCAACAAUGGCAACACUCUUGAAGAAAUCGAACACAAUGGUAACGGCGAAUGGACCAUGGGCAACAAUGGUAAUCCCGUCGAAGUUAUCGAAAAUAACGGCAACAGUGGAUGGACCAUUGGCAGUAAUGGAAACCCUGUUGAAGUAAUCGGAAACAACGGCAAUGGUGAGUGGACAAUUGGCAACAAUGGUAAUCCUGUUGAUGUAACCGAAAAUAACGGCAACGGUGGAUGGAACAUUGGCAACAACGGCAACCCUGUUGAAGUAAUCGGAAACAACGGCAAUGGUGAGUGGACAAUUGGCAACAAUGGCAACCCUCUUGAAGAAAUCGAACACAACGGCAUUGGUGAAUGGACAAUUGGCAACAAUGGUAACCCUGUCGAAGUUAUCGAAAAUAACGGCAACGGUGGAUGGACAAUUGGCAACAAUGGUUACCCUGUCGAGGUAACCGAAAAUAAUGGCAAUAGUGAAUGGACCACUGGCAACAAUGGUAACCCUCUUGGAGAAAUUGAACAAAAUGGAAAUGGAGGAUGGACCAUAGACAACAAUGGUAAUCCAAUUGAAGAGAUCGAGAACAAUGGAAAUGGAGGAUGGACCAUUGGCAACAAUGGUAACCCUACUGAAGAAAUCGAGCACAUCGGAAAUGGUGGGUUGACUAUUGGCAACAAUGGUAACCCUGUCGAAGUUAUCGAAAAUAACGGCAGCGGUGGAUGGACCACUGGCAACAAUGGCAACCCUCUUGAGGAAAUCGAACACAAUGUCAAUGGCGAAUGGACCAUUGGCAACAAUGGCAACCCUCUUGGAGAAAUCGAACACAAUGGGAAUGGCGAAUGGACUAUAGGCAACAAUGGCAACCCUGUUGAAGUUAUUGAAAAUAAUGGCAACGGCGGAUGGACCAUUGGCAACAAUGGCAUUGAGGAAAUCAAACACAAUGGUAAUGGAGGAUGGACCAUUGGCAACAAUGGCAACCCUCUUGAAGAAAUCGAACACAAUGAAAAUGCCGGCUAUGAGGAAAAAGAACCUGAAUGCACUGUUGAAGGAUCUGGAAAUGGUGAGGAAACUAAUCAACAAUUAAUAGAAGGAAAUGGCCAGUGGUCCAUCAAUAAUGGAGGAUCAAAUGAAGGUUCCAGCGCUGAAGGACCCAUAUUGGGAGAAAUUACUAACGGUGAACCUGGUUUCGGAGAGGAAAUUGUUAUAAAUGGAUCUAAUGAAGGUAUACCCGAAAGUGGUAAUGAAGGAGCAAAUACCGAGUUGGAACCCAAAAAUGAAGAUGAAGAAGAACCUUUUGAUAUCGAAGAUUUGAUUGAUGAUGAUGAAGACGAGGAUGACUAUUAUGACGAUGAAGAUGACUUUGAUCCCUUUAACAUUGGUCAUGGCCAUAAUAUUAUCAUAAUACAAGGCUCACACCGCCAUAGACAUCAUCAUCAUGGUCUAAGCCUGUAUGAUUUAAUGUAUCACAGUCUGCUGGGUCAAUUGCAUGGUGGUUGUUCCUUCAAAAAAGAAAUGCAUUUACGUCAUCGCCUUCAUUGGUAUCUGCGUCGCCAUAAACUGCCAAAGGGUCUCUAUGGCAUCUUUAAAAUCAGCGAUGAACCCAGCCUAUCCCACCAUCUAAGGAAUUAUCUGUCACAGGGCUCUGUACAUGACAGCUUCCCCAGUGGAUUGCAAGAUAUCUUCAACUUUGCCAAUAUGCAUAAUCUUCGUGGUCAUUUAGUGAAAUAUUUGAUUCGUGGAAGUGGUCCUCGCGUCACCUAUUACAAGACAUUUACUAGCAAAAAUGGUGAACCUCUCAAACUUGUCGAUGGAAAUCCACAAGAGCUAUUACCUAAGAACGAUGAAUCCAGUUCAGAUGUACAAAAUUCCAUGGUUGAUAUGUUCAACAAAAUGCCAGCAUUCCCUAGCUUUGAUUUACCCAAAGCUUUCCCUUCUUUGGCGAAAAUUUUUAAUUUUGAAAUUCCCAAAGAGCUGCCAGCCAAUGGCAAAGAUGGGGCCACUGCUGAAACCAGCUCAGUUGGAGAGCAAAACGUUGAAGCUGAGAAUAAUGUUCAGCCUACGUCUGCAGACUCCUCUUCUCUUAAUAUUGUUGGCAGACCUCAAGGCUCUGUUUUAAAUGGCCAAUAUGACUUUGGAAGUUUACUACAUAAGCAAAUUUCGCCAAAUAUGCUGAGGCCUGCACCGCUCACUGAGGACAUUCAAACAUCUUCUCUUCAUACUGAACCAGUUUCACACAGUAUGCUAAGACCUGCGCCUAUACCAUUGACAGGGGACUUCAAUGGUGCAUUUACGAAACCUAUGCCCCAAAGUAUGCUCAGACCUCUUGCUAUUCCUGAGAAGGGUCCCCUUCCUCUAGCCGGUCAUUUUGUUAUGCCAACCACCGAUGACAUUCAACACUCUAUUUCACACAGUAUGCUCAGACCAGCUCCCAUACCUGACCGAGCUUAUCUUCCCGGAACCAUGAAUGGUCCAGUAACUGAUGAUUACCAGAGUCCCCCUUUUAUGCCCAUACCCGCUCUUGGGUAGUAAGUGACAUUAGCUGUAUAUUGAAAAAUUUAAACUUUGGUUUUGUAUAUAAGAGCACUCACUAUAAUUGUAA